AUGCUUACAUAUCUUCCAACAUUAUUAGAUACACUUCGACAAAAUGUACAAACACAUAAUACUUGUUUUCCCAUUACUAUAUUGAAUUAUUCAAACCAAAAUAUUGCAUUGUUUCUUCAAUUAUUAUCGAAUCCAUCUGCUUUACAACAAGCACUUUCAGCUAUUACACCAAAUUCUCAAUCUAUUGCAGCACCAACCUCUUCUGAGUUUACACAAACUCUUCCAGCAUUAUCAAAUGCAAUUAUAGGAGUUGUUAAUACAUCGUUUCCACGCGGUUUUGCGCAAAAUCCUAUAACAAAGGAAGAGUGGAAACAAUGGAAAAAAGCUAAAAAACCAGAAGAAGAUUGGAAAGACUUUUACAUUUGCCUCACGAUACUUAUUGGAUAUAUCAGGCAAAGAAACUUGCGUGACAUAUUAGCAGCUAGUUGCCAAAAAGGCAAAUAUGCAAAGGAACAAACACCAGGAAAAAUUCAGAAAAUUAUAAAUGAUGCACCAACAAGUUCUAAUUCAAUUAAUAUUAGAAGUUUCGAACUUAAUAGUAAUGGUGAUAAUAUAUCUGAACCAUCUAACACUACACCUUAUACAACAAGAUCUUUAAGAUCUUCAAAAGUUCCAAUCCAAAAAUUAUUGCCAACACGUUCUAAGGCAAUUGAAGUUGAUGAUAGUUUCGAUUAUAAUGAUGUAUCUAAAUUAUCUAAUAUUACUUCUUAUACAAUUAAGUUAUCAACACCAUCAAGUAUUCUAUCUCAGUUAUCAACAAGUUCUAAUGUGAUUGAAGCUGGUAAUUCUGAUGUUAACGAUGAUAAUGAUAUAUCUGAAUUUUUUACAGUAUCUUCUUUAGCAAAGAGAUCUUCAAGGUCUUCUAAUCCAGCCCGGUUAUCAACAAGUUCCAAAGCAAUUGGGGCCGAUAAUCUUACAGUUAACAAUAAUAAUGAUAUAUCUGAAUUCCCUAUUACUACUUCUCGUAUAAUGAGAUCUUCAAGAUCUUCAAAAAUUUCAACCCGGCCAUCAGCAAGUUCCAAUAGAGUUGAAAUCGAUGACAAUCAAUCGUUUGGUCCACCACCAUUGUCUCCAGUAGAUCAAAAUGGAAAUAAUAUUAGAAAAAAAAGAACUAGCGUAAAUCCUGAAAAAUCUUCCAAGAAAUGGAUCAAAGCAAAGAAUACUAAAUAG